AUGCCCCGAGCGAGCCCCACCAAGGCGAGCGCGAAGCCCGCAAGGAGUACAGGUCGGAAGGCCGCUGCUCCGGGCGGAGAGGCUUCACCCGCGAAGACAAGCAGGAAGAGUGGAACCCGCGGAUCCGGCAGGAAGGGGAAGGGGGUGGCCAGCGACCCCGAGGAAGGUCAUGAGGGGCCUCGCGAUGGUGCCGCGGAUGACGACGGGGGGUCGGAGGAGGAGUAUGGGGAGGAAGAGGAGGUCGAGGCCGUCUUGGACAGUGACGCGUUGGAUGACUCUCCGGACGAGCUGCCUGUGGUCGGGCGAAGCGGAAACGCGAGUCGGCGCGAAGAGGACGCGGAAGCGCGCGUCGGUGGCGAAGAAGGUCACGCCGAAGAAGGGAUCACCAAGGAAGAUCUCACCGAAGAAGCGGAAGCAGGAGGAGAGCGGGACGAGGAUGCGGACGACGGACUGGACCUGAAGGACGGCCAGGAGGUCGUCGGUGUGGUUGUACAGGCGCCGAAGACUGGGCGAGUCCCGCCAGGCCGGAUAUCCAAGAACACGCUAAACUUCCUGACCGAGCUCAAGAACCCAGAGUGUAACGAUCGCGAGUGGUUCAAGCUACACGAGCCCGUCUACCGUCUCGCGGAGAAAGAGUUCAAGGACUUCAUCGACGCGUUCACGCCCCUGCUCAUCGAGGUCGACUCCCAGAUCCCGCACCUGCCACCAAAGGACGUAAUCCACCGCAUUUACCGCGACAUUCGCUUCAGCAAUGACAAGACGCCGUACAAGACCGGGUUCUCUGCCAGCUUUUCGAGGAGCGGGCGGAAGGGCAUCUUCGCCCACUUCAAGCCAGGUGGUGAAAGCCUGAUCGCGGCAGGGGCAUGGCAGCCAGGCAAGAACGAGCUCGCGACGAUUAGGAACAACAUCAUCCGCUCACCUAGGCGUCUGCGCAACAUCAUCUCCGCGCGUGACUUUGUGCGCUACUUCGGGGACCCGAAACCAGACGCGAAGGGCGGGCGCAGCAGUAUCUUUGGGCGGGAAGACGAACUGAAGAAUGCACCCAAGGGCGUGGCGAAGGACCAUCCGGAUAUUGACUUGCUCAAGUGCCGGUCGUUCGCUGUAGUGCACUGCUUCCUGGACAGCGAGGUGUUAGCACCUGGUUUUAAGGAGUCACUCUGCAAGAUCGUGCAGGUCGUCAAGCCGUUCGUGCAUUGUCUCAACGACAUGAUGACGAUUCAGGAUCAAGAUAGCUCCGACGACGACGAUGAAGAGGAAGGCGAAGGUGAUGACGAUGAGGAAGGCGAGUGA